AUGGCUGGACGCGAAUCAAUUUUGAAUUCCGUUCCUUCUCAAUAUUUUCCUUUGAGUAUUGUUUUGGGCACUGUUGCAACCAUCGCAACGACCUAUACCCUAUCCACCUAUCAGGGACAUACUCAACCAUUUCCUUACACUGACAUCACCCAUACAGCUCGAUUCACUCCCGAAAGAUACAUCUUUCGUGUGGGUAUGCUUUGGAUGGCUGUUGUUAUGGCAUGGAAUUGGAACAUUCUUUUCAAUUGGUUAUGGAAUGUCAAUGAAUCGAUUCGAAAUGUUUCCUACAAGUUGGAUUACAUCAAGACUCGCCAUCAUGAGGAUGAUCAUGCUGCUACCAACGACCCAAUUCCUCCAGCACCAUCAACCACUCAUCACAUUCUUCACAUGAUUUUCUAUUUGGGCCUUGCUUCAUGUGUUUCCAUCACCAUCAGUUCCAUGUGUAUUACCUCGAAUAGUGACAUGCCUUGGACCUUGCACGUGAUUGGAGCUUCAAGUUUCUUUGUAUUUUGUUUAAUUGCUCAAACUCUCACCACUUACAAGUGUUACAAAUUGUAUAAGGAAUUGGAACAAGUAAGAUCAGAGUUGUCUCAAGAUGAAGCAUUGGCUUGCUCUGAAUUAGCUCAGCAAGCAAAGGACAUUGUCUUUAUUUCACGCAAAUCACUCUAUACCAAGCUCACAAUCACUGGAUUAACUGUUGGUGUUUUGGUUGUGAAUGUUUUAACAUCAGUCGUUUCGAGCGGAAAUGGCCCAUUGAUGUUCUCACAACUUUCUCCACAAACUGUUCAGAGAGUUGGAAUGGACACUCCAUCCAUGGGUGUUGCUAAUGGUCUCUCUAAAAUUAAUCUUAAUGGAGGUGAAGCAAUUAUUGGAAGUGGUUUGAAACAUGGCCAUCAACCUGUUCAAGAAAAUACUCCAUCAUCGUCAUUAUCUGCUCAAGUUCUCUCUGCUGCUUCUAAUGCAGUACUCCAUGCUGCAUCUGCUGCCAUGAAUUAUGACCCUGAAGCUCGUUUGAAGAGUACUGCCAGCAAUAUUGUGGAGUGGACUUGUACCUUACUCAUCAUUGUUUAUUUCACAUCAUUUGUUUUUGAUUGGAGUGCAGCUAAAAUUGUGACUCAAGUGGGUCAAUUGUUUCCAAGUAGUAAUGCCAGAAGAAGUGCUCGUCCAUUGAGUUCUCCUAGCAAUCCAAAUGCAGUUCAGACCACGAUGCAACAUAAUCCAACAUUGUUUAGACCAGUCAUGUUUAAUCAUCAACAACCACAAGAAUAUGAAAUGAUGCAACAUCAUUCACCACAACAAGUGUAUGUAUUUCCUGCGUCAUCAUCAAGAUCUUCACCAAUAAGUGUAUCCUCAUCCCAACAACAACAUGCAUCACUCUAUCCUUCUGCUUACAACAUUCAAUAA